AUGGUGCUUGGAAGUUCCUCUGGCUCACACCCACAACAUAAACAAAGACCAAAUAUGGAGCAUUCACAGCAUCAACGCGAUGGUACUGGAGAUUUUCUUCCUGGAUUAGGGCAUCAGCAACGGCCUAAUCCCUCUGCGCAUACACAUUCGUCAAGUUUACCUAACCUAGAAUCGAACGGCCACCAGAAUCAUACCCUAGACGCCCAGGGUUGCCCGCCUUGUUGCUCUUCCAGGGACGCAUUCAGGCAGUUGACGCGAGAUAUCUUGCAUCUGACCGUCCAAUCUACAAAGGAAGCUGGAAUUCCAGUCAACUCGUUAGAUCCAAAGAAGUACAGUCCAUCGGAAGCCAUGGAGGUUCCCCUCGCAUAUGACAGCGGUGCUUCGGAAUACCAUGAAAGCAGUGGGCGUCAAAGCGUAUGGCCUGGACCCCCUGAAAAUGACUCGCGAAUCCAAAGAGAGCCAUCUCCGCCAAAGGCUUACUCCUAUCCCGCGGAUGCGAGUCAAUACGGAAGACGCCUUCCCCAAUCCAAGUCAGAUGGUAAUGUAAAAUCAUUUGACUACGGAUACCGUGAUAACUCGGACAUGGCCAGCUACUUCCAGGGAUGGGAAAGCCCAGCAAAGGUUCCUCCUGUAGAAAAGUGGGAAAACGGUGGACGUAGCCAUGACCAAAAUCAUGACCAGAAGCAUGAUCAGAGACAGGGUCAGAGAUAUUAUGAAGCAAACCGUGCGCCGCGUGCACGCGGCCGUUCCCGUUCCCCUACUAAACUCGAGGAUUUGGAUGAAGAAUCCGCUCUAGAUCUAUACCCACAACAGAAACGCUCAAAAUCUCCGCAUAAGAAGCUAUUCGGCGAAAAUGGAUGGUUAGGACGCUCACCAGACAUCAACGAUGUCCCCGCCGAAAAGAGGAAACCUGGUCUGAGAGCUCUCGGGGAGAAAAUCAAACAGCGAGUUGAGGAUAUUACGGGAUCUGGCUCUGCCCCUUUCCAACCUAAGAUGUUGACUAGAUCUACUUGUCCAAUAUCUCUUGAUCCCCCAACUCAAGCAAAGCUUUACUCUGAAAUGGAGCUAAUGAUCUGCGUUACGGCCAACCAGUUUCUCGUAAGCCAGUACCAGGCUGGCUACAUGUCUGCCGAGUCCGUUAAUAAGGUCACCAAUUUCUGGGUGUCCAAGGGCAGACCGCCAGUCCUUCAAUUUCAGUUCGACCAAGCCACGCAACGAGACUUGAUCAUCUACAACCUUCGAACUUUCAAGUUCCAUGGCGAAUGUGCAUACAACACCGUUGUUUUGAACGCAACUCUGUACAACUGGAAGGCCAUGGCGAAGGAGAUGAGCAUUCGCACAUUUUGCUACCCCGACAGCGUUAUUAGGAAACACAUGCAUGAUACACAUAAAAUAUUGGAGAUGUUGGGAGGACCACUGGUGACAUUUCUGGCUUUCCAGGAACUGCAGAUGGGUGCACUUGCUGCUAUGAAGAAAGCUCAGGAAAAGCACCUUAAGGAGGCUGAAGACAAACAUGUAACGCAAGGGGCAUUCCACCAGCCAUCCUUUGGAAAACGCACGGUUUAA